AUGUCGACCAAACUCUGCAUCAUCUCGCGCCGGGUAAAGAUACCAAAAAAGUACAUUUCGUUCGAAAAAGUAUCGUCCGAGCUCGUACUGAAAGACACGAGACCCGCUGCGUACGCGUCGCGCGAACCCUUUGUAUGCUACAGUGACGGUGGCGAUGGCUUUAUCGUCCCGAGGAUGUACGGCGUCAACUUCAUCCAGGCUGGAAACCUCCCGUGCGAGGAUCGACAGAAGCCCGGUGAGUCCUUGCCCCAUAUCUCCUUCUCGGGGACUUUGCGCGAGUGCCAGGUCGAGCCGGUGGAGAAAACGAUACGCGCCCUCGAAACAGCACAUGGCGGUGUCAUGAGUCUCUACUGCGGCUUCGGCAAGACGACGUGCUCACUCAAGGUGUCGUGCCACUUUAAGAAAAAAACAAUUAUCCUAGUCCACACCACCGCCCUGCUCGAACAGUGGAAGGAGAGAAUCGAGCAGUUUGUGACGAACGCAUCGGUCGGCGUUCUUCAAAGAGACAAGAUCGACGUGACCGGACGGAGUCAUGUAAUCGCAUUGAUGCAAAGUGUGUCCAGGAGAAACUAUCCCAGGGAGCUGCUGGAUUCGUUCGGUCUCAUGAUCGUCGACGAAGCACACCACGUCUGUGCCACCCAACUCUCCCGGUGUGUCACCAAAGUCGGAUGUAAGCUCCGCCUGGGUCUCUCGGCCACGCCGUUCCGCAAGGACGGUAUGACACAGUUUUUGUUUGAUUCCAUCGGUCCGAUCUGCGCGAGGGUGGAUCGGGAGUACGAAGAGGUUUUCGUCGACGUUGUCUACGUUACCAGUGGUCCAUCGGAAAUGGUCUGCGUGAAACGAAAGGGCAGACUGUCACCGAACAUCGCCAAAAUGAUCAACAACCUGUGCGAUAUGCACGAUCCGGACGGAGAGUUUCGUACGGGGUUGGUGAUCGAGACGAUCGUCAACGCUCUCGCCGAAGAUCGCCACAUAAUCGUGCUCAGUGACAGGAGGAAUCAUCUCAAAGUCAUGGGAUCGAUGCUGGCAGAGACGGCCGGUGUCGAAGUGGGGUUCAUGGUUGGUGGCACCAGGCCCGCAGACAUAGAGGCCGCAUCCGCGUGCAGAGUCAUUAUGGCGACCUACGCUUACUGCAGCGAGGGUCUAGAUAUCCCGUCUCUCGACACGUGCGUGUUCGCGACUCCUCGAAGCGACAUCGUUCAGUGCUGUGGACGGAUCCUGAGAUACCAUCCGUCCAAACAAAUACCUCGCGUCAUCGAUUUCGUCGACAACUCCGUUGUCUUCCACGGCCAAGCGAGGAAGCGAGCGAUGUAUUACUCGAAACUGUGUGCUUUUAUGAACUACCUUGAUGAGGAUUUGAAACCAACCACAUCACUCGAAGAAAGGAAGCGUGGUGUGUCAGGCUUCGCGUUUCCUUUCGAUUUUGCCUAA